AUGGAAGAUAACAAAGAUUUCGAAACCUUAGAACCUUCAUUAAAAAAUGUUGUUGAACAGACAUCUCUGAGGUGGAUAUUCGUAGGAGGGAAAGGCGGUGUUGGUAAAACAACAUGCAGCUGUAGCUUGGCCGUUCAACUGGCGAAGGUUCGAGACUCUGUCCUCAUUAUCUCUACUGAUCCAGCCCAUAACAUUUCUGAUGCAUUCGACCAAAAGUUCUCGAAGGUGCCAACGAAAGUAAAAGGCUUCAAUAAUUUGUUUGCAAUGGAAAUUGACCCUAAUGUAGGGCUGACAGAGUUGCCAGAGGAAUAUUUUGAGGGGGAAACAGAAGCAAUGAGGUUGGGUAAAGGAGUUAUGCAAGAAAUUGUUGGUGCCUUCCCUGGUAUUGAUGAGGCUAUGAGUUAUGCAGAGGUAAUGAAACUGGUGAAAGGUAUGAACUUCAGUGCAGUAGUGUUUGACACUGCACCCACAGGACACACUCUGCGUCUACUGUCUUUCCCACAGGUUGUGGAGCGAGGACUCGGAAAACUUAUGAGACUGAAGUCUAAGGUUGCCCCAUUCAUCAACCAAGUAGCAACACUGUUUGGCUUAGCAGAGUUCAAUUCAGACAUGUUUAGCAACAAAAUGGAUGAAAUGCUUUCUGUUAUAAGACAAGUAAACACUCAGUUCAAGGAUCCAAACCAAACGACAUUUGUGUGUGUCUGUAUUGCCGAGUUUCUGUCACUAUAUGAGACUGAGCGUCUGGUACAGGAGUUGACGCGGUGUGGUAUCGACACACACAAUAUCAUCGUCAACCAGCUGUUACUGCGAACGUCAGCGCCAUGCGACUUGUGCGCGGCGAGACAUAAAGUUCAAGAGAAAUAUCUAGAACAAAUCGCAGACUUGUAUGAAGACUUCCACGUUACAAAACUGCCUUUGCUGGACAAGGAAGUUCGAGGCGCCGCCGCUGUGAACGCGUUCUCCGAAUACCUGUUGAACCCGUACAAGCCGCCCGCGCCAGCCACGUGA